AUUCCCAGAACCCCCUCCACUGAUCUCCGAGUGUGGGGAGUGGGCUGUGUUCCCAGCUCCCCGCUCCCAGCUCGCAGCCAGCUCUCAGAUCCAGCCAGGCCAGGCCGUCUGCCCAGGCUCAAAGCCGCCCUGCAGGCACCAUGCGGAGCUCCCUGCUGCUUGCAGCCAUCCUGGCCCUCAGCCUGCUCCAGAGCGACUUGGCUGUCUGUGAGGAGGCACAGGUGCCCGGCAGGGCCCUCGGCAAGAAAGAUCCGAAUCUCCACCACCUGCCCCCAUCCUUACUCCAGAAACUCGUAGACAGCCAGACAGUCUCGCUGGAAGGGCUGCUCAAAAUACUGAGCAGCGCCAGUGUGGGUCCUAAGAAAUUGUCCCUUUUCCAGAAGCGUGACAUGCACGACUUCUUUGUGGGCCUCAUGGGCAAGCGGAACAGCCAGCCAGACACUCCUUUUGAUGCAAACCGAGAGGGCGUCCCCAGCUCUGGGAACCCCAAGUAUCCCAGCAAGGCAGAGUGAGGUCCGCAGCACGCUGCUUCUGGACCCCCGGGCUGCAUCCAGAGGACCGCCUGCCCCUUCUCGCGAUCCCAGGGCUGUUCUCUUCCUUCCCUGCUCCCCACCCCUGGACUACCUUCACGCCUUGGCCCCUUGCUCCCACCCCUUCGACCUCGCCCUUUCCGAGACGCUGCGAGAGCUCCCCUCCCAACAGACGCGGGCUGUGUCGGCAUGGAGCUUCAGACGUGGUCAUGAUACCGUGCCCCUCAGCCCUGUAAUAAUAAAGGCAUUUGCACAGGA